AUGGUGCGUCAGCUGCACGACGGUAUGAUGGCGCGAGUCACGGACAACGGAGCUGUCUCAGAGGCAUUCGCAGUGACCAACGGAGUGAAGCAGGGCUGUGUGCUGGCGCCUACCCUCUUCAGUCUUAUGUUCUCUGCCAUGCUGAUGGACGCCUACCGCGACGAACGCCCCGGGAUCCGCAUCGCCUACAGGACGGACGGUCAUCUCCUGAAUCAACGGCGCAUGAACUUCCAAUCGCGCGUAUCCACAACCACCGUUCACGAACUCCUCUUUGCCGACGACUGCGCCCUGAACACCACCUCGGAAGAGGAGAUGCAACGGAGCAUGGACCUAUUCUCCGCAGCCUGCGAGAACUUCGGUCUGGUUAUUAACACGCAGAAGACGGUGGUGAUUCAGCAACCGCCACCCAACUCAGCCACAACCCCCAACGCGCCGCCGCAAAUCAGCGUGAACGGAAUUCAACUGCAAGUGGUGGAGAACUUCCCGUACCUGGGCAGUACCCUCUCCCGCAACACCAAGAUCGACGACGAAGUCGCCAACAGGAUCUCGAAAGCCAGUCAAGCCUUCGGUCGCCUCCAAAGCACAGUUUGGAAUCGCCACGGUCUUCAACUGAGCACGAAGCUAAAGAUGUACAAGGCCGUCAUCCUGCCGACGCUACUUUACGGAGCGGAGACUUGGACGGUGUACACGAGGCAGUCACGCCGACUGAAUAACUUCCACCUCAGCUGUCUUCGUCGCAUCCUGAGGCUGAACUGGCAGAAUCGCAUCCCCGACACUGAUGUGCUAGAACGUACGGGAAUCUCAGCAUCUACUCCAUACUGA